AUGGCUGCUCGUGCAUUCAGAAAGUUCGCUCCCCUCUUUGACCGUGUUCUUGUCCAGCGCUUCGAAGCUGAGACAAAAAGCAAAGGUGGCAUCAUGCUUCCAGAAAAGUCAAAGGGCAAAGUUCUUGAAGGUACGGUAGUUGCACAUGGUCCAGGUGUUAAGAACGAGAAAGGUGAAAUAAUCCCCAUGUGUGUCACUGUUGGUGACAAAGUUUUCCUUCCUGAGUAUGGCGGAACUAAAGUUGUUUUGGAAGAUAACUUUAAAGUUACAAUGAAAUCAACAAACAAAUAUGGACAUCAAUUCAAAGUUCAUGGACUUGAUUAUUUAUUUCUAGGCAAACGUCAGAUAUCGGUGAGAAAUAAACCAACUUGA